AUGAAACUCUUAGCAUGGAACUGCAGGGGGCUUGGGAACCGCCGUGCAGUUCAAGAGCUUAUAGACAUUGUACAAGCACAAGAUCCCAUGAUUGUGUUUUUGUCAGAAACAUGGUCAACUAAGGAAAAGAUGAAAUGGGUUCGGGAUAAGAUAUCUUUUGAUGGGUGUUUUACGGUAACUAUUGAUGAAAGAGGGGGUGGUUUGACUCUUCUUUGGAAAGCAGGAGUUAAUGUAUGGGUUAAUAGUUUUUCUAAGUAUCAUAUAGAUUCUAUUAUUCAUGGUGGUUCAGAUCAGGCGUGGAGAUUGAUUGGGUUUUACGGAGAGCCUGAUACUAGUCUUAGGAGUGAGGGAUGGAAUAUGUUAAGGAUGCUAGGCUCGAAGCCGCAACUACCUUGGUGUUGUUUUGGUGACUUUAAUGAGUUAUUGGAGGUACAUGAAAAAUGGGGUGGACCACCUAGAGCUCACCAUUUAAUGCAGAAUUUUCAAGAGGUUUUGGAUCAUUGUGGUUUUGUAGACUUAGAAUUUUCGGGACCGGAAUUCACUUGGCAUGGAAGACGUGGUGGGGAGCUGAUAUGGGAGAGAUUAGAUAGAAGGGUUGCAAAUUAUGAGUGGUUGGCUAGAUUUCCUACUGGGAGGAUUAAACAUUUGAAUUGUUUUACUUUUGAUCACUGGCCGAUCCUCCUAUCCUUGGAUGCGAGUGGAGAGCAUAAAAAAUGGAAUAGAAAGCCUUUUCGUUUUGAGGCAAUGUGGGUGUUAGAUUCUGGAUGUCGUGAUGUGAUCACUAGAGCUUGGGAUUGUACUCCUGAUGUCUGGAGUCGAGAGCACUUUGGCAAUGUUAAGAAGCGCAUAAAGGAGUUGAAGGAUAGGUUAUGGAGGGCAGAGGAUGAUUCGACCAGGUCUGGAAAUUUUGAGGAGGUGGAUUGUUUAAAAAGGGAGUUGAAUGUUCUAUAUGAUAAGGAAGAGAAGAUGUGGCAGCAGCGGGCUAGGGUUUCAUGGUUGCAACAUGGCGAUCGCAAUACAAAAUUUUUCCAUGGUACAGCAACCCAAAGGAAGAGAAAGAAUUUCAUUAAGGGGAUGCAUGAUAGGAAUGGGGUGUGGCAAGAAGGGGAUGAGGUAGUUUCGGCCAUGCUAGUGGACUUCUAUUCUCACCUCUUCUCUUCUUCUAACCCUCAUGAUUUGGAUCGAAUUUUGAGUGGGGUUCAACCUGUGGUAUCUGAUGAAAUGAGAGCAGAUCUUGAUAAGCCUUUUUCUAGUGAGGAGGUCGGUCAGGCAAUCAGGGAGAUGGCCCCGCUAAAAGCUCCAGGACCGGAUGGGAAAAAAGGUUUUAUGGCCAUGAAGCUUGAUAUGAGUAAAGCUUAUGAUAGGGUAGAAUGGUGCUUUCUAGAGCAAAUCCUCCUCAAAUUGGGUUUUCAGGAGUUAUGGGUGGCUUUGAUAAUGGAAUGUGUUACCUCAGUGUCUUAUUCUAUAAUGGUGAAUGGUGAACCGAAGGGUCUGAUCAAACCUUCCAGAGGAUUGCGUCAAGGGGAUCCCCUUUCUCCUUAUUUGUUCCUUUUUUGUGCGAAAGGGCUGAAUGCUCUUCUGAGACAAGCAGCGGCAAAUGGUGAUAUCCACAGGUCUACCUUGGAGGAAUGUGCUAAAAUCCAAGAGUUGUUUGCUGUCAAGAACACAGAUGCACAAGCUCAAGAGGCUAUUAAAGUGGCAUUUAAUGUUCCGGCCAUCCAGCAUUAUGAGAAGUACUUGGGGCUGCCAUCUUUUGUUGGUAGAAAUAAAAGGGCCUGUUUUACGCAGAUUAAAGAAAGGAUCUGGGCUAAAAUGCAAGGUUGGAAGGAAAAGCUUCUGUCUCAAGCUGGUAAGGAAGUGAUGAUCAAGGCAGUGGUUCAAUCUAUACCGGCCUACUGUAUGGGUGUCUUCAAGCUUCUGGUUGGUCUAUGUAAAGAUAUUGAAGCAAUGAUUCGUAAGUUUUGGUGGGGUAGUGGUGACUCGAAGAAAAUCCAUUGGGUAAAGUGGAGUUCUCUUUGCUCCUCAAAAUCAAUUAGAGGGAUGGGAUUUCGGGAUCUUCAAAAGUUUAAUAACACAAUGUUAGCAAAACAAGUGUGGCGACUUAUUCACCAAAAGGAGACCCUUCUUUUUAAAGUAUUUAGGGCGAAAUAUUUUCCAAAUGGCUAUGUUCUUGAUGCUCCUAUUUCACCAAAAUGUUCCUAUGCAUGGAGGAGUAUUUUGCAAGCUUGUGAUGUAAUAAAUAAAGGAGCAAUUUGGCGAGUUAGGAAUGGGGAAUUGGUUGAUAUUUGGAGACAUAGGUGGCUACUUGACCUGCACCACAGCAAAAUUAUUUCUCCUCGAGCCAAUACCUCUGUAAAUCAGGUUAGUGAGCUUUUUGUUCCCUACACAACAACCAGGGACCUGGGUAAAUUGGCCCUUUGUUUUUUGCCUUGGGAAGCUGAGAUAGUUAGCCAGAUUCAGGUUUGUACGAUUGGGGAGGAGGAUGUGCUCAUUUGGCCGUUGACGGCGGAUAGUGAAUAUAGUGUUCGGAGUGCCUAUCACUUUCUUGUUGCUGCCGAGGACUGUCUUGCGCCUGGCUCAUCCUCGUUGGUUCAUGAUCAUGCUGUGUGGAAGAAGAUUUGGAAGAUGAAGGUGCCUAAUAAAAUCUGGCAUUUUAUCUGGCGUGCUGCAAAGGACUCGCUUCCUACAAAGGUGAAUUUAAAGGCUCAGCAUGUACCUGUGGAUGAUGUCUGUGAGGGGUGUGGGGAUUACUUGAAGUUGACAUUGCAUUUCCUGUGGCUUUGUGAUCAAGCUCGGGCUGUUUGGAUGUCAGGUCCGGAGUUCUAG